GAUCUCGCUACUUUUCAUUGACAACCAAUUAUAAACCUUUGGUAUUCAGCGAAACAACGGCCGGGGGCGCACGUUGCGGGGUCUAUAGGCUUGAAGAUUAUCCGGCGGCCGCAGUUCCUUCUUUGUGAAGAUGCCCGCUCCGAGGUCUACUUGCGAGCCAUGUCAUCGACGUCGGGUCAAGUGUGAUCUACCAGAUCAGAUCUCUGGAGAGUGUUCAAAUUGCGUCAAGCGAGGCAUCAAGUGUCCUGGUUUACGAGUAGCUGGACCUCGCAAACCUAGAAAGGGGACUGUCGUCGAUCAAAUACAACGAGACUUUGGAUCGAUCGAAGUUCUGAACGGUGAUUCCACCUCGCCAGAAGCCGGGCCGUCAAAUUACGCAUCUCACAGCUCUUCGCCAGCGCCCUGGGCGCUGACAUCCGGUGCUCAGUGGGCCAUGGCUAGCCCUCCGACACCUACUUCGACGGAGAAUAGUCUCGCGACAAUAGAGUUGUCCGGAGAAUUGGCCAUGUCCAUGAUUCUGAAUUUCAAUAUUUCACAUGGGUGAGAGUGACAGGAGAGGCCGACAUCGGGAAUGUCCACACUCACUCACCUCAUAAUCUACUUCCAGACCAAUCUUCCGUCAGAUCCACCAAAACUUCUACGCAGACACGUUUGCAACGGCUUGUCGGAGAUUCGAUUCAGUAGAACCUCAGAAAGAAGUCAGUCCAUGUCUUGCACAUCCGCAUCACAAGUCAAGCUGACCCAGAGUCAGAUUCUGAUGCGGAUCAUGAUCGCUCUGGGUGCAAGAUCGUCUUAUCAU